AUGGCGCGCCCGGUGGUGCUGAUGCAACACACGCUCGCGCAGGUGGAUCCGACUCCGCGCUUCGUCUUCUGCUGCAGUGAGGAUGUGCCACAUGGAUGGCUCUUCCCCCAGUGCUCCGUGGUGAUCCACCACGGCGGCAUCGGCACCGUGCUGGCCGCGGCGCGCGUGGGGCGGCCACAGCUGGUGGUGCCGCUGGCCUUCGAUCAGCCCUUCUGGGGGCAGACGUUGGAAGACCUGGGCGUGGCGGCCGUGCAGGAGCUGGAGGAGCUGUCGGUGCCUUUGGUGGCCCGGAAGCUCCGGGCGCUGCUGACUCCGUCGGUCCAGCGGUCUGUGGAAGACCUCGCCGCCCAGCUCAACGACGAGUCGCCGCCCAUCGCGCGGGCGGUGCAAGAGAUCGCUGCGCUGGCGGCGACGGUCGAAGGCGCUGGCGCUGGCGGCGCUGGCAGAGAGGUGUUGAGGCCAGUUCAUCGCAUUGAGCUCUGCGAGGAUGCGGAGGGUGAAGCAGAGGAGUUGAGCGUUCUGGGCCGCAGCAGUGGAGAGGUGCAGUUCAUCUUCCGAGAAAUUGCCGAGGAGCACAGCUAUGGAGAGCUCUCCAAGCUGCCAGGCGACUCCAUCGUGGUCGAUGGAGGGAUGAACCUGGGACUCUUCAGCCUGGUGCUAGCCAAGCGCUGGCGUGGCACGGGGCAGCUCACGGUGGUGGCCUUCGAACCGGCCGAGGAGACCUACCACCUGGCGCUCCAAAACCUCCGUCACCACGGCGUGCCCUUGGUCGCCCACGGCGCGGAGUUCGGCGACCGCGACGACGCGGUGGUCGAGGGCGCGGAGUUCGGCGAUGCGCCGGUGGUGGUGCACUGCUUUCGGCUGGCGCUCUGUGACGUGGAGCGCGAGGAUCGCCUUUGCUACUUCCCCUACCUCACUUCCAGCUCGACCUUGCAACAGCACCGCGCAGCCAAAGACCUUGCGAAAGAGAGGGGCUGCUUCGAUCCGCGUCUAGUGCAGAUCUUCUUCGCGGCGGAGCGCGCGGAGCCCAUCCGCUGCUGCGCCCUGUCCACGGCGCUGCGCCGCGUGGAGCGCUGCUCGGCGCGGCGGGCCGACUCAGAGCGGCCCAUCUCCCUGUUGAAGUUGGACAUUGAGGGGUCUGAAGUGGAGGCCAUGAAGGGUAUCGACCCGUCCCAUUGGCAGCGUGUCCAGCGCCUGGCGGUGGAAGUGCACAGCCGAAGUGACCUGCAAAGACUCAAGGAGCUCUUGACCACAAGCUGGCCCAAUGGCUCGUUGUGGGAAGUGCCACAGGAGCUGAUUCCAGAGCACUUCAUGCUGUACGGUUUGCUGCCUGGUUUGCUUCAAGAUGAGCCCUUAGUCGCAUGCGGAAACAGUGCUGAAACCGUGGCGCUGUGGAGUGAUCUGGCUGUGGGAGGGGUUACGUAA